ACCAAUUAAAACAAUUUUAGGACACGUUACGAAGUAAUGCGAAUAGGCAAUGAGCGUGGCGGUUGGAAGGAUCGUAAUUGACAAACGGGCUGCCAAAGUAUAAAACCGUUCGGCGGUGUGUAACACACGUUAGAAGCAGUUGUUCUGAACAACUCGACUGAACCCACCUGUAAACAUGUUCAGUUAUAUCGCGGUUCUUUGCCUGUUGGGAGUAGCUGCGGCUGCGCCUUCCGGCAUCCAUGGAGCGGCUCUCGUUACUGCAGUUGAUGAAGUGUCCAUCCCACGCUAUGGCUUCAACUAUGCAGUGAACGACCCUCACACUGGUGACCAUAAGGCACAAACGGAAUCCCGCGAUGGUGGAGUUGUGAAAGGCUCUUACUCUCUCACGGAGCCAGACGGCACCCUCAGAGUCGUCGACUAUUCCGCCGAUCCUGUCUCCGGAUUCAAUGCGGUAGUCAAACGUGUUGGCCCAGCGGCCCACCCACAUACACACGUGACACAUCCAGUGGUCCAUAAACAGGUAGUAAGUCACGGCGCUUCAGCCCUUGUGGCGCCAGUUGGGGCUGUGCCGCUCGGGAGUGUCGCAGGUCUGGGACAUGGAGGCCACGGAUUAGCCCAUGACGGAUUUGGACUGGGUCUAGGCCACGCAGGUCUUGGUUACAGCGGUCUCGGACACGCGGGACUCGGAUGGGGCCAUGCAGGAAUAGGUCAUGCAGGAUUAGGCCAUGCAGGAAUAGGCCUUGCAGGAUUAGGCCAUGCAGGAAUAGGCCAUGCAGGAUUAGGCCAUGCAGGAUUAGGCCAUGCAGGAUUAGGCCAUGCAGGAAUAGGCCAUGCAGGAUUAGGCCAUGCAGGAUUAGGCCAUGCAGGAAUAGGCCAUGCUGAUAUUGGACUACUCGGUCAUGGAGGUCUCGGCUAUGGAGGUCUCGGUCAUGGAGGUCUCGGCCAUGGAGGUCUCGGCCACGCUGGACUUGGUCUCGGAGGCCUCGGCUACGGUGGAUUGAAACACUGAAUGAUUGUGACAAUCACGAGUCAUCGUGACCCGCUGUAUUAUCGCGAAAUGAUUCAUAAAUUCUGGUAUAAUGUGUAGUUCGAAGGAAGGGUGUUAGAAAAUAAAGGCAUUGA